ACUUUUGGUGCACGUGUGUUGGCGUCAAUGUCCCAUUGUGGAGAAAACAAAUUUUAAAGUCUUCCAAAUUCAUUUUACCGAGUAGUUUAAGAAUGGGAAAGGCGAGAAGGAAGAAGAGAAAGACCCAUCAAGAUGUAACUGAGGAAGAGGUCAGCAAAGUGCCUCACAGUUUUGUUAUGCACAGAGGUGAUGUUGGGAAAUCUGUGUUACAGCUUGAAAUAGACAUCAGACAUGUAAUGGAACCAUAUACUGCUACUAAGUUAAAGGUGAACAAGAAAAAUGUUGUCAAGGAUUUUGUGAAUGUGGCUGGACCUCUUAGUGUGACACACUUGCUGAUGUUGUCUAAAACUGAAAUGGGGUCAUACCUGAGGUUUUGUCGCAUACCCAGGGGACCAACACUGACUUUCAAAAUUCAAGAGUAUUCUUUGACAAAAGAUGUGGUGUCUUUACUCAAGAAACCCAAGACAUAUGGAAGUCAAUUUAAAAGACCACCCCUGUUGGUGUUGAAUGGUUUUUCUGCUGACAGUCUCCCAAUGAAACUCAUGACGACAAUGUUCCAGAACUUAUUUCCUUCAAUAAACAUCCAAAAGGUUCAGCUCUCAGAGAUCAGAAGAUGUGUCUUACUAAGUUACAACUCAGAUACAAAAACCAUUGACUUCAGACAUUAUAAUAUUCAAGCUGCACCUAUUGGAAUAAGCCGUGGAGUGAAAAAACUGAUCCAGACUAAACUUCCCAACAUGUCACAAUUAAGUGACAUCAGUGAUUAUGUCUUAAGAGGUGGGUGUGGUUAUGGUUCAGAGAGUGAAGGUGAAGAGCCUGCUGACUCCAGAGUCACGUUACCACAGAAUGUGCCAGGAAGAGGCAAUGCUAAGGCACAACAGAGUGCAAUUAGACUUACAGAGCUUGGGCCUCGAAUGUUGCUCCAGCUUGUGAAGAUUGAAGAAGGAUUGUGUUCAGGAGAGGUUCUUUUUCAUGAAUUUGUGAAAAAGACACCUGAGGAAAUAGAAGAGAUGAAGAAACGGAAAGAAGAAGCAAGGAAGUUAAAGGAGCAGAGAAAAAAACAGCAACAAGAGAAUAUCAAAAGAAAGGAAAAAGAAAAAGCUCUGAACAAAGCUCGAAGUAUUGAAGGUCAAAGGAAAAAACAGAAGGUGGAGAAAGAUGCUGAUGAUGCAGAUGACAUAGCCAUGGAUACAGGUGACGUCAUGGACAGUGACGAUGCUGAUUGGUACAGAGAGGAGGUUGGUGAGGAACCAGACCCUGAGCUUUUCCCAAAAGUCUGUAAAAGGAAGUCCAAGGAAGAUAGGACGACGAAACUCGGAAAAAAGAGGAAGCAUUCCGAAACAGUUCAUGACACAAAAGCAACAAAAAAAUCCACCAAAGAAACAAAACAUCGAACAACCGUGCAAGAGAGAAAAAUUAAGAAAUCUGUGAAAUUCAAACCAAUCAAAAAAGGAGCUCGUGUGACGAAGGGAAAGAAUCUUAAAUCAAAGAGAAAGUUAAAGAAAUAGUCACAUGCAAUUAUUUUAGCUGAGUGAUAACAGAAUAAUCCACUGUAUAGGCAUUGUUAAUUUGUUUCGAAAUGAAUGAUAUUAUUCAUUAAAUUCAACUUUCCACAAGUAACAGGGGCACCCAACGACCGUUUUCUCUCCAAUGCUUUAAAACGCUGUUUUAGGCUAUCUGGAGUACUUUUAAAGC